CGCGGGGGAGGAAUGGCGGCCGCCGCCGCCGUGUGAGGCCGGCGCCGAGCGGCCCGGCCGCUGCUCCUUUCCCCCUCCGCUCCCGGCCCGACGCGAGGCCGCGGCCCGAAACGGGUCGCCCGCCUCGUCCCCCCCCGCCCCGCAACAUGAAGGCGGCGCCGGGCGGUGCCGAGGAAACGGAGAAGCUGAAUAAGAUGAGUACCCUCUUAGAAAGACUUCAUGCAAAGUACAACCAAAACAGGCCUUGGACAGAAACCAUGAAGCUGGUCCGUCAAGUCAUGGAAAAGCGAAUUGUGAUGAACUCUGGGGGGCACCAACAUCUGGUGAGCUGUUUGGAGACUUUGCAGAAGGCAUUAAAAGUCUCGUCUCUGCCUGCCAUGACAGACCGCUUGGAGUCCAUAGCCAGACAGAAUGGCCUUGGAUCUCACCUUAGUGCGAAUGGCACUGAAUGUUACAUCACUUCAGACAUGUUCUAUGUGGAAGUCCAGUUAGAUCCUACAGGGCUGCUGUGUGAUGUCAAGGUGGCUCACCAUGGAGAGAACCCCGUGGUACGUAUCGCUGACCAAGCUGAGGAUCUAGAAAUACCUUUGCUGCUUGUUCCCAAAGUGAAAUAG